ACCAACCUAAUUCCAAAAGCUCGCCGACUCCAACAAUUUCAGAUCAAAAUUUGUAAGCUUAAUAGGGCUGUGUCGUGUUUAAUUCAAUCACCAAGAACAACAAUGGCGAAAAACAUUCUCGGCCGUCUCCUUUCAUCAUCCUUAUCCAACAUUCCGAUCAAAUCCUCCGACUCAGUCACAACUCGCUCGCCAUCAUACAUCUUACUGAGCCGAGUCACGAUGAGUUCCUCAUCCCAAAAGCAACCGCAAUCUGAUCAAAUCCCUAACAAGAAAAACGGCGACAAAAAUGAACCGAAGAACAAACAGAAUCCUAAAGAUACUGAAGAAUUCGGUGGACCUAAAGGACCUGAGCCAACUCGUUACGGCGAUUGGGAGCGGAAUGGCCGCUGCUCUGAUUUCUGAUUUUUCUCACUGUAUGUUUUAAUAUUAAUUUAAUUCACUGUUGUGAGUCCGUUAUAGAAUUAUUAUUAAUCGUUGCUUUUUCAAUUAUUAUGAAUCUUGCUGUAUUGUAAAAUAUAUUAAAAGUUUUAUCAAAUUAAAUAAUUAAUGUGACGAGUACAAUUACGGUA